GCGCUUGACAGUUCAUCUUGGCGAUCUCGCUGUCCCAGUGCGGAUCCCUCUCAUUUUCAUCAAAUUCCACCCAUUUUCCGUGAAAAUUGCACGCCAAAUUCAGCGCGAAAGCCUUCGGCAUCACCCCAUGCAGACGCCCAAACUGUGGAUGAAGUUGUAUUGUGCGGGGAAAGUGUGAAAAAGACUGCGUGAAAAUGGCACUGAAGAAGGUGAAGGGAAACUUUGAGCGAAUGUUUGAUAAAAAUCUGACCGACUUGGUCCGUGGGAUUCGGAACAACAAAGAUAAUGAGGCCAAAUACAUCGCGCAGUGCAUCGAGGAGAUCAAGCUGGAACUGAGGCAGGACAACAUCAAUGUGAAAUGCAAUGCAGUCUCCAAAUUAACAUAUAUCCAGAUGCUGGGCUAUGACAUUUCCUGGGCGGGCUUCAACAUCAUCGAAGUGAUGAGCUCGUCCAAGUUUACUUGCAAGAGAGUCGGUUAUCUGGCGGCCAGUCAGUGUUUCCAUCCAGACAGCGAACUCCUGAUGCUCACCACAAACAUGGUGCGCAAGGAUCUCAACUCGCAGAGUCAAUAUGACGCCGGCGUGGCGCUCAGUGGCCUUAGUUGCUUCAUCUCGGCGGACUUGUCGCGCGAUCUGGCCAAUGAUAUCAUGACACUGAUGAGCUCCACGAAGCCCUACCUGCGCAUGAAGGCCGUCCUCAUGAUGUACAAAGUGUUCCUGCGAUACCCGGAGGCGCUGAAGCCCGCCUUUCCCAAGCUGAAGGAGAAGCUGGAGGAUCCCGAUCCGGGCGUCCAGUCGGCCGCCGUGAAUGUCAUUUGCGAGCUGGCGCGCAAGAAUCCCAAGAAUUAUCUCUCACUGGCGCCCAUCUUCUUCAAACUUAUGACCACGUCCACGAACAAUUGGAUGCUGAUUAAGAUUAUUAAAUUAUUUGGCGCUCUGACACCCUUAGAACCGAGACUUGGUAAAAAGUUGAUAGAGCCUCUAACGAAUUUAAUUCAUAGCACAUCGGCAAUGAGUCUUCUAUAUGAAUGCAUAAACACGGUGAUAGCCGUGCUGAUUAGCAUAAGCAGUGGAAUGCCAAAUCACAGUGCUUCCAUUCAGCUGUGCGUCCAGAAAUUGAGGAUUCUCAUUGAAGAUUCCGAUCAGAAUUUGAAAUACUUAGGCCUUCUGGCCAUGUCCAAGAUUCUCAAGACUCAUCCGAAGAGUGUGCAGGCGCACAAGGAUCUGAUUUUGGCCUGUCUCGAUGACAAGGAUGAGUCAAUUCGACUGCGCGCUCUGGAUCUGCUGUACGGCAUGGUGUCGAAGAAGAAUCUCAUGGAGAUCGUGAAGCGCCUCCUGGGUCACAUGGAGCGCGCCGAGGGCUCCACAUACCGGGACGAGUUGCUGUACAAGGUGAUUGAGAUCUGCUCACAGGGCAGCUAUCAGUAUGUGACGAACUUCGAGUGGUAUCUCACUGUGUUGGUGGAGUUGAUUCAAUUGGAGGCCAAUUCGAAGCACGGCACUGUGAUUGCCACGCAGUUGCUGGACGUGGCGAUUCGCGUGCAGGCCGUGCGAGAGUUUGCCGUGACGGAGAUGGCCAGCCUACUGAACACCUUCCCUGCCAAUGCCGCCCACUGGGAUGCCUCGAGUGGCACGAUGAAUGAGGUGCUGUACGCCGCCGGGUGGAUUGUGGGCGAGUUCAGUGGUUUCCUCGUUGAUCCGGAGGACACACUCAAAUCUCUGCUCAAGCCACGCCAAUUGCCGGACCACAUUCAAGCCGUGUACAUUCACAAUGCCCUGAAACUCCUCACUAGAAUGCUGGUACGCAGUCUGGAUGAGGAGAAUGUUCGUGAGAUUGUGUGUUUGUGCAAUCUGUUUGAGGAGAAAGUGACACACUUUGUCAGUUCAGGACAUAUUGAAGUGCAGGAACGCUCCAGCUCGGCACUCAUUAUGAUUCAGAUGCUGCGCGAUGAGUUGAAGUCCGUGAAUGGCACGGAGAGUGAAAGAGAUCUGCUAGACGAUUUGCCUGGACCGGAGAAUGGUAAUGUGUCCACGGGUAUUCCACCAGCGGCUGCGCAACUCAUUCGAGACUUUGCCAAUCUCUUCACGGGGGAUCUGAAUCCGGUGGCGCCGAAGGCACAGAAGAAAGUGCCUCUGCCGGAGGGUUUGGACCUGCACAAGUGGAUCAAUUCGCCGCCAGAGCUGAGCAGUCCGUCGUCUGAGGGUGAGGACGACAUGGGAGAUUUGUUUGUGUCCAGUGCGGAUCUCCAGUCUCGUGCCGAGCGCAAGAAGUACGUGGAGCCGACGGGAGAGGAGUUGGAGAAGAUGCGCGAGGCUCGGAAGAUGGAGCAAAACAAUAAUCCACACUAUCUCAAGGGCUCCGCCAGGGAUUCCCUGCCCAUGAAAUUGCGCAAUGAUGGCUGUGAUGAUAUCCCAAUUGCUGAGAUUGCUCUCGAUGUACCACUUACGGUUCAUUCCACAAAGAGAUCGGAUAAGUACUUGGUGGAUGAUCAGAAGACGGAUAAGCAGAAGAAGAAGAAAAAGACGAAGAAGGGCGACAAGAAGAGUCACAAAUCCAAGCAUAAGAUCAACUACUCAUCAUCGGGAUCUGAGAGCGAUGAACCGCAACAAGUUCACGUGGUAAACACGCUGAUUGAGAUGCCAGAAGGUGCUUCGCUGUCUGAGGCUGAGGAGAACGAUAAGAGCAUGGAUCCAAAUGAUCCACAUCGCGCCCUGGACAUUGAUCUCGAUGUGCCCAGUGCCAAGGAGGAGGAGGAAACUCACAAGAAGCGAGACGCGAAGAAGAAGACCACGAGUUUGGUCGUGUCGCACGAGGAAAUUCCAUCGGCGGCCGUCGUGAAGAAGGUGAAGAAGGAGAAGAAGAGUGAAAAGAGCCGAAAGAAGGAGCCGAAGAGCCACAGAAAUGACGAGAGUCAUGAUCUGUUGGGCUUCACCAAGGAGUCUUCGUUGAUUGAGGAGAAGACAAAGCGCAAGAAGAAGAAGGGUGAUAAGGAGAAAAGUACUGAAAACUCAAAGAAGAAGCUCGACCUGAAGUUGGGCUAUGAAGAAGCGGCCGGAAUUUCCACGCCUAGCAAGGAAUUUGCAUAAGAAUUUUUCUUAAUCUCUGUUCCCUCUUUUCCAACCCUCCUUCCUCCCCAAUUGAUAUAAAUCAAAGAGAUACGCGUCUAUUAACUAAGAAGAAAAAUAUUGGAUUAAAUAAAAAAGAAAGCAUUCACGUAUUAAUUCAA